AUGAGUUUUGAAAGCGGUACGGAACAGUCAGACGUGGAAUCGAUCGGGUCGCGCACUCACAUCUGCGAGACAGAGCUAGGAUCAGACGAAAAUGAAGAAGAUAUGUACUAUUCAGAUCCAGAAGGACCGUAUAUAGAUGAACCUAUUGCAGACGAGGAAUGGCUAAACAGAAUACAACCGAGAACUAGAAGAAAUUUAAAGGAGAAACCAGGAGUUACAAAACCGCUUUGACAGGAUUGUCGAACCCGAGACUUGGUAAGUGUUCGCUCUAUUUCUCACCUUUUAAUUAUUAGCCUGAAGAAUCUUAUCGUACUAAGAUCAUACCUUGCUGAUAAAAGGCAAGGAUAAAAGUCGUAUUCUUCAACUUAAAUACUACGUUCCUUCUUUUAAUUUCAAAGGUGCUCAUGUGGCAAUUGUGCUCUUGAUCGGCUGCAAAAUCCAUAAUCAUGGCUGUGUUCUAAGACAAAUUGAAGGGAGCCCAGUGCCCUGAACCUGUGAAAUCAAGGAUGCCUAGCAUAAUAUUAUAAUCUCUAAGAUUUUCUUGUCGCCGUAGAGCAGAAGCUUAUGUGCUAGGGGUCACCAUAUGCUGUUAGAACACAGCCCUAUCUGAGGCUGGCUGAGCCUUCUGCCCCUCUCAAGUCACUUUUUUCUUUGGGAAAAUCUUUUAUUUUUUUGGACAUCUAGGGAUUUUUAUUGUUAUCAAUAUUACUGUUAUAAUCAAGAAAAUGAUAAAUAUAGCCAUUAAAGCAACAUAUUACAUCUUUUGUUGUAGAAUUAGGAACUGGGAUAGCCCAGACUUAAUGCAAUUUUGAUUUCUUUUUUUUUUUGGCUUUUGUUUUGUUUUGUUUUUUGUUUUUUUCUUUGUAAUAAUCCAAUCUCAAGCAGCAUUUGUAAAUUGCCUAUAUGUAGCGAGAUUUACAAUUAUACAUUCAAAAAAACAAAUAAAGUUCCCAUUAUUAUUAUUAUUAUUAUUGUAUUGUUACAUAUUAUUAUCAUUUUAUCAGCAAUCAAGGUGGACUAAAUAUAUUUUUCCUAUUUUGCUUGCAGUAUCUGUUGUUUUUGCCCAAGAGGCAGCUGCAGCUACAGCACAGUCAUCAAGUGGAGGAAGAACAAGGAAUUGCACUGUUUGCAAAAGACCCAUGA